AUGUCAGAAAUCAAAGGCGAAGAUUACAGUAGCGGAGAUCAAGAUAGAAAUAUAACGUUCCUUCAGGGUGAUGUAGAUUCUAAGAAGCGGUCUAUUAUGACCGGAGAUACUUUUACACCUCGUGACAUGUUACCGAUAGCGGAGAAAUUAAUAAAGAAAGACUUCGACAUAUCCGGCCUAGACGCCUUGCAAGCCCUCGCUAUUGAAGGAGAACCCGUAGACAAAACUCUAACAGAGGAUGUGACCGAAGCGGCACAAAGGAUGUACUUGCGAGGAAUUCCGCUGGCCAAGAAAUUACCGAAACAGAGACAUGUAAUUGUCAACCAACAGAAUACAAACAGAAGUCAAAAGAUACGUAACAAAGAUAAUAAAAAGAUAACGAGAAAGGGAAUGAAAAUCAAUAAAAAUAUAAAGACGAAAACAACUAAAGUGGGUAAACGGUUGAAAUCAGGUAAAGCGUCACCUAAAUGCCGCUGGAACUACGUGUGUGUUGACCCAGCUGACCUGGACACUUGUAGGGUCCAAACAUCAUGUGGCGAUACUAGCUCUACUAUGUCUGGUAAAACUUUAGAUCACUGA